AUGGUCAAGAUCAAGAUGAUUUCCCGGUCGCUCGACGACCAUCUGCCUUCUUCCGCCUCUGCCCCUCACCCGCUGCAGCGCAACCUCGCUCCCCACUUGCAUCCGUUUGCCAAGCCUCGCGAGUACCAGCGCGCUAUCACCGCUGCCAAGAUGGACCGCAUGUUCGCCAAGCCCUUCGUUGCUUCUCUCGGGGGUCACCAGGAUGGUGCCUACUGUCUGGGGAAGGACCCUCGUCGCGUCUCUGUUGUUGCUGCCGGUGGUGGUGACGGCGAGGUCAUUGUGCAUUCGCUAUCCCAACGCCGAUCGCUCCUCAAGAUCGACGCCCACAAGGGCAUGGUCGGCGGAGUGUGCUGGACCUCGGAGGCACGCGACGGCAAGCGUGGGAUUGUGACCUGCGGAAAGCUCGAUGGCACGAUCAAGAUCUGGCGCUCGUCGGCAUUUGCGCCGGGCCUCAAGGUUGACGACGACGAGGGUGGUGACGAGGUGCUGGACAGUGCUGGCGCGGUGGGAGAGGACGACGACGACGACGACCUCGCAAUGGACGAGGAUAAGAGGAAUACCUUUGGCCUCAACCUCGAACCCAGCAUGAUUUACACGUCCAAGAACGGCUUCAACGGGAUCGACCACCACCGCAGCGACGCCAUGUUCGCGACGGCGUCGAGUACGGUGCAAGUCUGGGACGAGAACCGCUCCAGCCCGCUUUCGACCCUGCAAUUCGGCUCGUCGGUGGAGACGGUCACCUCUGUGCGCUUCAACCAGAGCGAGACGAGCGUGCUCGCGUCCGUGGGAACCGACCGCACAAUGUGCCUGUACGACAUCCGUACCGGCAAGGCUGAGCGCCGAAUCAUGAUGAACAUGCGCUCAAAUGCCCUUUCGUGGUGCCCCACCCUUCCAACCGUCAUGCUCCUCGCAUCCGAGGACCACAACUUGUACACGUUCGACAUUCGCAACCUCGAAUCGCCGACCCAAAUUUACAAGGGUCACGUUGGUGGAGUCAUGGGUUGUGACUGGAGUCCUACAGGAGAGGAGUUUGUGUCAGGAUCCUGGGACCGCACGGUCCGCCUGUGGAAACGAGACACUGGCAAGUCGCGCGACGUUUACCACACCAAGCGCAUGCAGCGCGUCUUUGAUGUCACGUACACCCCCACUGCUGACUUUGUGCUCUCGGCGUCAGACGACGGCAAUGUCCGUAUCUGGAAGACGAAUGCGUCGCAGAAGCUGGGGCCCAUCUCCACCAAGGAACGCACGGCAAUGGAGUACCGCCAGAAGCUCGUUGAGCAGUGGUCGUCGGAAAAGCACGUCCGCCAGAUUGCCGAACGUCGCCACCUUCCCGCGAGCGUCCACAACACACAGAAGCUCAAGCGCGAAAUGCUUGAGGCGCGCAAGGUCAAGGAGGACAGGAGGCGGAAGCAUACGCGUGCGGGCAAGGAGAAGCCCAAGGCCGAGCGUAAGAAGGCCAUUAUUAAGGAGCAGAAGUGA